CUUGCUCAUUAGAAACGAGAAUAGAAACGUUUCCCAGAACCUCAUCCAUAUUAAACAGCCAAUUGCUGUUAAGCCCAUAAUUCUUAACAUGUCUUAUCCUGAUCUUACAACGUUCAAGGCCCUGUCAUUUGACUGCUAUGGCACUUUGAUAGACCAAGAAUCCGGCAUGAUCCGUGGCUUACAGCCCAUCAUUAGUCGCCUUCGUCCUGAGAGCGACUACAAAAAGGACCCUGUUUUGUUGAUUCGGCGCUUUCACGAGCUUACCCAAGUCCUCGAAGAGGGGGAGCCUACCCUACGUUACAGCAGUAUCGUCUCGCGCUCGUUCAAAAGUCUCGCAAAAGAACUCAAUAUUUCUGUACCUGAAGAAGAAAUGAAUCAUCUCGAAUCCCUCCCCGGGACUUGGCUCCCCUUCCCUGAUACAAUUCCAGGCUUGCAAAUUUUAAAGAAACACUACAAGCUUAUCAUCCUCACCAACAUGGAUAACGUCAACGCGUCUUCAACUCUAAAGCACCUCCAGCCCGUUGAAUUCGACAAGGUCUAUACUGCCGAAGACAUCGGUAGUUACAAACCCGCUAAGGCAAACUUCGACUACUUGUUUGAUCAUCUCAAACGCGAUCUGAGCGUGGACAAGGAUCACGGGGAAUUACUACACGUAGCGAGAAGUUUGACUGCAGAUCACAUCCCGGCAAAACGGUUUGGACUCAGGAGUGUUUGGAUCUCUCGCGGCGGUGAGAAAAAAGAAGGAACAGGCGUUGGAGGUGAUUAUGAGAGAUUGAAAGAGAAGGUUGCGUUUGAAUGGAGAUUUGAUAGCAUUGGAAAAUUUGCGGAGGAAGUGGAAAGACAGUUCGUCGAGAAGAGCGCUUAGAAAGCGGUUUUACGCUGCGGCCUGAAUAGUAAACAACGUUUGGUCAUGGAUCAUGGAUGAAAUAGGGCUGAACGCUGAGUUAUGCCCGGCAGAUAUUAUUAAAUAUUACAGUGGUAAAUAUGCAAUUCAUCGAGAUGAAAGACUUGCUUUGUUUAU